AUGACCUCCAGGCAAAGGAGUGGGGGUAUCUUGUUGGGGUCACUGGACGACUACCAUGGACAGGUCGUGCGACCUCGCAGCACAUCUUCCAGCAUUGUGCAGGACUCACAGGCUCGCAGCUAUGUGUACCUACGGCUAUUGGCAGCGACUUCUCUCCUCGGCAUGAUCCUUCUAAUGGUAGCAGGACAUCAUGAGCGGCACAAGGCGACCACAUCCUCAGUCCACUUCUUCUCUAGACGGGAUCUUGCAGCCUCCACGCCAGCUGUUGCCCCAGUCACAGCGCCCACACCUGCACCUCUUCCCUCGCGCAAAACAGCAGUCCCUACAUCAAGAGCGCUGGACGUCGGCGCAGUCGGUAUAACCCCAAGCAAGCCGGCCUUUACAAUCGUUGUGAAGGCCCCUGCUCCCGCGCCCUCCGCCAAGGCCCCAAUGAAGCUGAAGGGGGGGCUCACAAUGGCGCCCGCACCAGUUCCGGCUGCGAGUGAGAAGGUGAAAACGGCGGGCGGCCUCCCGGGGACUGCACCUGUGCCAGGCCCAGCUGCAGCAAAGAAGGUCAGCAAGCCGGUCAGCAAGCCGGGCAGGAAGAUCGGUGCACCGGCGCCCGGUCCAGCAAAGGCUAUAACUGCUGCGAAGCAGAAUGUCGGCACCAGAGGGGGCAAGGGUGCAGGAGCGCCCGCGUACGCGCCAGCUCCGGGGCUCGGCGGCGUGGCGGCAGCGUUCCGGCCGGCAGCGGCGCCGAGGUCCUCCCACUCUCAGAGGGGGGCCUCAGAUAAGCCAGUCAGCAGCUACUCUGUCGGGGGGAUCUCAGCGCCGGCCGCAGCUCCCUCCAAGGCGCCCGCCAAGCGGCCGGCGGCUGCGCCUGCGCUAGCGCCGGCGGCCGCCCCCGGGCCGGCCACCGGCGCGGGCCGCCAACCCGGCAGCGGCUACAAGUCCAUCAGUAGCAUCUUUGGAUAG